AGCGGUCACAUGCCGGCGGUUCGAGUCUGGGACGUGUCAGAGCGUCUGCAGGUCGCCGAGCUGCAGGAACAUAAAUAUGGAAUUGCCUGCGUGGCGUUUUCUCCCAACGGGAAAUACAUCGUCAGCGUGGGCUACCAGCACGACAUGAUGGUCAACGUCUGGAACUGGAAGAAAAACGUGGUGGUUGCAGCCAAUAAGGUGUCGAGUAAAGUGACGGCCGUCUCCUUCUCUGACGACAGCUCCUACUUCGUUACCGCCGGCAACCGCCACGUCAAGUUCUGGUACCUGGACCAUGCCAAGACCUCCAAG